GACGGGGAUCAGACACGCUCCGUCUGACCAGCAGCCUCUGACUCACUGUUAAAUGGGCUGUCGGAGUCACAUGGCUACUUGUCAGCAGGCUGGAGGAGGAAACAUAAUCCCGAGGAGGAAGGCCGCUCUUAUCAGUCCGUUCACGCUGGUCUGAGGGAGCGCUCGGCUGGACGGGGACGCAGAGCAGCAUUUGAACACCGGACACUAUCCACAUUGCUAACUGUCAUUUCUUUUUGUGUGUCUAUCCGUCUUCUGUGUUUGUUUUUUGCCCUGCACUCUGACCAGCCCCUUCACUGCAGAGUUCAGAAUUGCACUACAAUGUCUGCGCUGGCUUUUCUGCAGUAAGCACACUAAGGUUAUGCUGCCCAAAAGCUGUCUGAGUCCCAGCGAGCAAGAGAAAGGCUAAAGCCGCACCAGUCAGAACCAGCUUCAUCUCCCCGGACCUCCACUGUGGAGCCAUGAGCAACCCCAGCAGAACCACGAGCGCAGUGGCAUCCUCCGUUCAGAGCUCAGAGGCCCCGCCCCCCUCAUCGCUACACAGGACGUCACACCCAGAAGAGGAAGAUGACAGUGACCUGAACAAGGCUUUGGGCGUCCAUCGCUUCCAGCAGAUCCUGCAUCCUGCGGCCGCCGUGCCCGAUGAGCAGCACCACACCUACCACGAGGAGGACAUCCACUACCACCGCCACUCCUCCCGCCACACCCAUCGACCUCUGUCCAAGCUGCCCUCAGAGUCGCGACGGAAGAAAAGCAGCAAGAAAAAGAGGAAGGAAAAAGACCUCAAGAGCAGCCAGGUUCCAUCCAACGCUGCCAUAGAGGAAGGAGAAGAUGAGGAGGAAGAGGAGGAAGAGUCCAUGGAGGUGCCCUCUGCUCAGUCAGAAUCAGAAAAAGUCAAUGUGGAGUUCUUUCUGUCGGAUGACGACCAAGCGGGCAGACAGGACAAAGAGAGCGUGCACUCCAGUCGGGAGCUCGGCCCGGCACCACAGUCGGCAGCAGAUUCUGAAGAUGCAUCGUCCACCAGUAAACCGGCCUCGCCCAUCCUCUCCAGCUCACCCGCUCAGCCAGCGCCACUCGACCACCUGCCACUGGCCCGGGUCUCCUCUGCCAGCCGCAGCUACGACCUGCAGGAGCGCCGCCGCACCGGCAACAUGACGGGCACCGAGCAGGCCAAGUACCAGCGCAUUCCGACGGACGAGAGCGAGGCCCAGACGCUGGCGUCUGCUCAUCUGGACGGCAUCAAAAGUCAUCGGUUUGAAGAUGUACCCGGAGUGCGGAGGCACCUCGUCAGAAAGAGCACCAAGGGGCAAGUGGUGCACAUUGGGAAAGAUCACAAGGAGUCCGCGACCCGCAGUCGAAAGCAGGACCGCACCCCACACGAGGUGUUUGUGGAGCUGAAUGAGCUCACUAUAGACAAGAACCAGGAGAUGCAGUGGAAGGAGACGGCUCGCUGGAUCAAGUUUGAGGAGGACGUGGAGGAGGAAACGGAUCGUUGGGGCAAACCUCAUGUUGCCUCGCUUUCGUUUCGCAGUUUGUUGGAGCUCAGAAGGACCAUCUCGCACGGGGCGGUGCUGCUGGACCUGGACCAGAAGACCCUGCCUGGUAUUGCCCACCAGGUGGUGGAGCAGAUGAUCAUUUCUGACCAGAUCAAAGCUGAGGACCGAGCCAACGUCCUGAGAGCCCUGCUGCUUAAACACAGUCACCCGAGCGAUGAGAAGGAGCACGCUAGCCAUUUCCCCAGGAAUAUCUCCUCCGUCAGCCUCACCAGCCUGCUAACGCACCACCACAGCUCCAACCACAUCAACCAGCAGGAACCGUCGGUGACCGAUCCCCUCAUGGGCAACCUUAACUCCACAGGGGAUUCGGACUCUCGCAUCGACAUGGACAAGAACGACUUACAAAAGGAGUCGUUGUUUGUGUCAGGCAUGCACAAGUCCAAGUCCAAACAUGAGCUGAAGCUGCUGGAAAAGAUCCCUGAAAACGCAGAGGCCACGGUGGUCCUCGUGGGUUGCGUUGACUUCCUGGAGCAGCCCACCAUGGCGUUUGUGAGGCUGCAGGAAGCGGUGGAGCUGGAUUCUGUCCUGGAGGUGCCGGUCCCUGUUAGGUUUCUGUUUGUUCUGCUGGGGCCCCCAACCACCAGCAUGGACUACCACCAGAUCGGACGCUCCAUCUCCACCCUGAUGUCAGACAAACAAUUUCACGAGGCAGCUUAUCUGGCGGAUGGCAGACAGGACUUGCUGAACGCCAUCAACAGCUUCUUGGACUGCAGCAUCGUCCUGCCCCCCUCAGAGAUGGGAGACGACGAGCUCCUGCGCUCUGUCGCUCGCUUCCAGAGGGAGAUGCUGCGCAAGAGGGAGGAGCAAGUGACCAAUCUGAUGGCCAAAGAGCCGAAAAGCCUUGAGGAAAAAGAGGCCCUCCUCGCACCUUCAAAGAAAUCAAGCGACCCCUUAGAGCGUACCGGGCGCCCCUUUGGCGGGCUAAUUCGAGACGUGCGGCGGCGUUACCCCAAAUACCUCAGCGACUUCAAAGACGCCCUGGACAGCCAGUGCAUGGCCGCUGUGAUCUUCAUCUACUUUGCUGCUCUGUCUCCUGCCAUCACGUUCGGAGGUCUUCUGGGAGAAAAGACGGAGGGGCUGAUCGGCGUCUCCGAGCUCAUCGUGUCCACGGCAGUGCAGGGCAUCUUCUUCAGCCUGCUUGGAGCUCAGCCUCUGCUGGUUGUGGGCUUCUCCGGACCGCUGCUGGUUUUUGAAGAAGCCUUUUUCAAUUUCUGCAAAGGAAACGACAUCGAGUACCUGACGGGCCGCACCUGGAUCGGGUUUUGGCUCAUCAUCAUCGUGGUCGUCAUCGUGGCCUUAGAGGGCAGCUUCCUCGUGCGCUUCGUCUCCCGCUUCACCCAGGAAAUCUUCUCCUUCAUCAUCUCGUUCAUCUUCAUCUACGAGACCUUCUUCAAGCUUGUCAUGAUUUUCCGGGAUCACCCGCUGAAGCGCUGCUCGCUCAGCAACAAUAGCGAUGAAAUCUCCUCCGUUGAAAAUGGGUCUUUCUUGCUAAGCAACGGCACCCUGGCUGGAAAAGUGUCGGUCAGCGGGGAGCCCAACACCGCUCUGCUCUCCCUGGUUCUCAUGGCCGGGACGUUUUUCAUCGCUUUCUACCUGCGGAAGUUCAAGAACAGCGCCUUCUUCCCUGGAAAGCUCCGCAGAAUUAUUGGAGACUUUGGAGUACCUAUUGCCAUCCUCAUCAUGGUUCUGGUAGAUUACAGCGUAGAAGACACGUACACCCAGAAACUCAGCGUUCCCAAAGGAUUUUCCGUGACGAGUCCCGAAAAACGGGGCUGGAUCAUCAACCCUCUGGGCUCCAACGGCCAGUUUCCCAUCUGGAUGAUGUUUGCCUGCUGCUUGCCGGCUCUGCUGGUGUUCAUCCUCAUCUUCAUGGAGACUCAGAUCACAACCCUCAUCGUCAGUAAAAAGGAACGCAUGCUGGUCAAAGGUUCAGGUUUCCAUCUCGAUCUGCUCCUGAUCGUGGUCCUGGGUGGCACCUUAGCGAUUUUUGGCCUGCCGUGGCUGGCCGGCGCCACUGUCCGCUCGGUGACCCACGUCAACGCCCUCACCGUCAUGAGUAAGGCCGUCGCCCCCGGAGACAAGCCUCGCAUCCAGGAGGUGAAGGAGCAGAGGGUGACGGGGCUGCUGGUCGCUGUGAUGGUUGGAAUGUCCAUCGUGAUUGGAGAGCUUCUGCGGCAGAUCCCCUUGGCUGUGCUGUUCGGCAUCUUCCUCUACAUGGGUGUGAUGUCCCUCAAUGGUAUUCAGCUAACAGAGCGGAUGAUGCUCCUCCUCAUGCCGCCAAAAUAUCACCCUGACCACACCUAUGUGCGCAAGGUUCGGACUCUGCGCAUGCACCUCUUCACCUGCAUCCAGUUGGUGUUUCUGGCUUCCCUCUGGGUGGUCAAGUCCACUCAGGCGUCCCUGGCGUUCCCCUUCGUCCUCAUUCUCACCAUUCCCGUCAAGAUGUUCCUGCUGCCUCGCAUCUUCAGCGCCAGAGAGAUGGCAUGCCUGGAUUCUGAAGAUGCGGAGCCGAAGCUGGACGAGCGCGAGUGCAUGGAUGAAUACUCCGAGAUGCAGAUGCCCGUGUAGCUGGCUGCAGCCUCACACCUCUGUGAGCCAACCCCCAAAAACACCUUGGUCAAAGUAGUUUGACAGAGAUAUUGAACCACUGGAUCCCUGGUCAGAUAUUUUACUCUGAAAGUGUAUUUUGUUUUUUUUAGCUGGUUAACAGCAACGUGUAGCUUUAAAAGUUGAAGUGAGGGGAGCAGCAUGGUUUCACUCAUGAAGAAUGUUUAUUUCAGGGUACAAGCGAUUCCAAAUCACAUGAUGCAAUCUCAUAGUUGAAUGCUGGAACGGGGAAUAGAUUUGCAGAACUGACUCAUAGUUUUAGCCCUGAAAGUUGCUAUGAUUCACAUUGAAUAUGUGGAAGACCUAUACGAUACAUUCCUUUAAAUUAACGCUAAGUUAGUGCUUGUUAGGUUUGUCGCUUUGUUUAAUGCUCACCAAGCGCCUUAUGAAGGAAACAAAUCUAUAUGCAGAGCUGUGGUUUUAUUUGACACCCUGUCUUUUUGUAGACAGCUGAUCACUUUAAACGCUAAUCUUGUAGCACUUUAAAAAAAAAACAGAAAAACAAAUCAGAUCAAUGACUGUAUGAUAUGUAAUUGUUUUUAGCUGCUUUGUAAACCUCCUUGUUGGCCUUUUUAAAUGAUUUUUAUUUUUAUUUUGCCUUGUCCGUGCUCAGUUUGUGCCCAUAUGCAGCAUUUUAAAGAAUCGCAGUGACGUCAGAUCACCAGCAGAGGGAUCCAGACAUCAGAUUUAUUUUUACACCAACGCCAUUAAAAAAAAAAAUCGCUCUUCGCCUCAUACGUUUUUGUUUUGGGGGUUGUUUUUUUAAUUUUUGUGUAGGAAAUGACACAUAAGUAUAUUCUAAAUGCACAAAAAAGUUUAGGCGCCGUUAUGUGACGUCUCCUCGUUUGUGGUUGGGUUUUUUUGGGGGGGAAAUACGGUGUGGCGUACCCACACCGGUGGUCCGUCAAUUGUGUCGUCAGUGCCAAAUCCAAUGUAGAUGUGUGUAAGAGGUCAGAACAACAACCCGGUUUUUCUCCUUUUCUCUGCUGCUUUCCAAAAAGCGUCAGACACACUUUAUGGUGGAACCGGUUAUCAAAAAAAUCAGACAUUUUGUGAUACAAGCACCAAAUUUGGCAUAAUUGUAGCUGAUUAUGCCAAAAUAACUUCAAAAAAGUAGUAGUAAAAGGCUGCAUUUUGUGUAUUAAGAGUAUAAGUCAAAUAUUUUUGUUACUGAGUGUAUGGCAGCCAUCUUUGCUAAACGCCGCCUUUUUGGAUUUUUCUUCCGGCAAACUCAAUCUUUACUGGCUACCUGAUCAUUACCCAGCAUGUGUCUACGUCCGCUUUAAGCAGUUUUAUGCCACUUAACGGUUAGAACAGCGGUCUCCAUCCUUUUGCAGGCCGUGAACCAGUUUAAUGUCAAACAGUAUUUUCAAGGACCGGUCCAAACGGGGGCAACGUUCCAGUUUCUGUAAAAACUGAUUUUUCACGUUAAAAUGUAAAGAGAAAUGUGCCUUUAAAAAUACAAUUUGUUGUUUUUUUUUGCAUAUGAGAAUUUAGACAAAGUAAGUUAUUGAUUUGUAGAAGUGGCUUCUGAUUUAAGAUUAGAUAAAAGCGACAUUAUGGGGUUUUUUCUCCAUAAAAUACCAUAAAACAUUCAUAACUCUACCAAAUCUCAGAUCAUCUUUCAGUGCAAAAAGAUUUUUCUGAUUUGUUUUUACAUAAAUCCUGAUUCAUCGUGUUUUUUCUACGACGGAGGAGCAUUAUUUUUUUGUGUUGACGUUUCUUAGCUCUCUGCUCCCUUUUACAAGUUUCCUCAGAUCAGAAACAUCUUCAGCAGGACUUUAUUUAUAUUUAUCUGUGAAAUGUUUGCGGCUGGUUUAAACUUAGACUUUGUGAUGAAGAUGAAGACGUCAAAGUGGAUGCUAACAAUAGCACUCUAACUUUUGCUGACUUUUAAGGUUUAAUGGAAAAAUAAAGCCAAAUAUAAUACUAAACAUGAAUCCACAGUUUUUGCAUCUUUACAACAGUCUCAGUAAAUCCGUUUAUCAAGGAAAACUCCUGGGUUUGUCGGUAAACGGCAGCUUUACGUUUCUUUUAAGUUUCCUCCCCAGCUCUUUUCUCCCCAAAGAAACUUUCCAAAUUGGUGUUUCUGCUUUUUCAGCUUUAGGCUACUAACUUGGCGGUCCGAGCAGCUGUUUAAAGCCAUGUGACGGUUGUGGUGAACGGAAUCCAAAAGAUACGGAUCUUCACGAUCACACGGCUGGGCCUACGCAAUCUGUACUGUGUAUGUGCAAACCUUUUUCUUCUGCUGCUGUUCCGUUUAGUGGCAGUUUACUCCCCAUUGUACGAGGAUACUCGAUUAUAUUAACUCAGUUAACACAAUUGUUUAUGCUGUGCUCUCAGGAACACACCAAACAGGCAUUUUAGCACACGGUCCGUCUCUACUCGACACUAGCGCAUGUACCUACAUUUGGAAGAGGCCUUGUGCGAAUCUGGUUCCAGUCAGGCACAAUCUGCCAUUUUUAAUUCUUCCUUCAUGAUUACAUUUUUUUCUUCUGUAUUUCGAAAAGGACUCUACCUACGAUAGUUGUGUACCUGGAGCCCGAAAAUUGACUUAAAAACCUGCGUAGUGACGCAUGAGUGUGAGUUUAAAGCCUGAAAAGUGAGCAGUGACUUUUAAUAAAUUAAAUUAAAAUGAGCAAAGCGAGAGAAGGGUUGCUCUGAGUGGUACUGUUUUUUUAUAUCGCACGUCGUUGAGAUUUUCAUCGUCUGUAAUGACAACAAAAUACUGUGUUGCAUUUAGGCGCUAUAAUUCUCAUUUUACGUCGCUGUAAAGCUCCCCGUUGUUGUCGGAAACAUAAAUCUGCGUGAACACGAAGAUAAUAGUUUAAAUGGCUCAGACAGUCGUAAAGGAGACAAAACUGUUACCUGGAGCGAAUCUAAUUCAGAAUAAGAUCAGGUUUCCAGUACCGAGCGGGUGGCGACUUGUGCUUUUCUCAAAAAGGGGAUCCUGAGGUUCAUCCACGGCAAAAUUGGUGCUUGUGCCACAAAUGAUUUGUCUGAAACAUCAAACUAACCGGCUUUGCUAUUAUCGUACAGCCUUUUAUUUGUAAACCAAGCUGUAGAUUUCACAGAGAAAAAGCUUCCCAAAGUGGAUUUUAGUUUCAUGUUUCCACCUGUUACCAGUGUGACAUAUUUGAACAUUUCUGUUCUGUUACUGGCGCGUUUGUCGGACUGCUGCCUGCCCGCCCGAGCUGAAGUUGUGAUUCCGGUCAGAGUUACAGAAAAUCUGAAGUGCCUGUUGGACCAUGAUCAGCUGUGCUUUGUUACAGUCAUUGGCACUUUUGCCACAUUACUCUGGUAAGAACCGGUUUAAAUGUGAUGCAGUUGUGUUUGUGAUAUCUUGUAAUCAUGGACCUUCAAUAUGACAUUAGUGCUGAUAUUCAUUUUGAAAGCAAUACAAAGUACAGCAAGCUGUUGUCGAUGUUUUCCUGUAUGAUACUUGUUCAAAUGACAGAUAAAAAUAUUUUCUAUUUA